UUUCCUUGUCCAGCCCCCGGCACCUGUCUAUCGAGCUCGUCUGGUGAAGUAAACACAGUCAAGUGCAGCUGGAUUUCUAAGAAUAUAAUACUUAGUCCAGCUAAGGCCACCAGGACUAGCCCGCGAGCCACCAGAACUGUCCCUAAGCCUGUCUCGGAACCUAGCGAGACCGUCCAUAAGGUAGAACACAACACAACAACCGUUGUGUUUGUUCGGCCACUUCGACUUCGUGACCUUGUUGUUCCAAGCAAGUACUGACCUCGUUCCCUUACUUUAUUGUAAGUUACCAGAGAGCGUGAGUAGUGGUUGAGAUGCGAGAACGACUUUAGCCUGCGGAUGCGGCAUCUUCGCCGGCUCCGCCGCUUCCCUGUCAUGUCAUGUCUUGUCUUGUCUUGACUUCCAUUGUCUUGCCCUGCCUGGCCCUAAGUUGCUGCUCGGGAGUCGAGUGCAGCACCCAUAUCCAUAUCCAUAUCCAUAUCCAUCCCAACCCUUCCCAACCCUGCCAACCCUGCCCUGCCAUGCCCCGUCCUGCACUGGCCGCUCGCCGCCCGCUGCCCCUGAACUAUCGCCUCGACUCGACACACCUCGCCCUCGCUCGCUGGGUACUGUGCCGUAACGUCAAGUCAACCUGCACUGCACCGCACCACUACGCUACUGUCUGUGAUGCCCAGCCGUCUUCGUGACACAACACAGGCCCAUCGCCAUCGGCAUCGCGAUCGAACCCAGGCCCUCGCAAUGUUGAAUUAUUGAUUGCUGGAGCAUUUGCUCCUCGAAUAGAACACAUAUUGUGGCUUUCUAGCUUUCUCCUCACUUGCCGAGGUCCUCUUCCCAGAUUGUCGCCGAGACGAGACCCUCUCAGGGGUCGCCUCGAUACCCACAGUCAAGGCUCUUGACAGAACAGAACACAACACUUGCACCACACCGCACCGCACCGCACCGCUCCACUCCAGACAGAUGCCUCCACAGAUCUUUUGAUGCUCUAGCUCCGUGUACACUACUGUACUACACUCAUAUCCACAUCCACAUCCACAUCCACAUCCAGAUCCUGGCCCGCGCCUGUUAUGCUCCACUGCCCAAGCGUCUUACACGCUAUUCCCGAGACCUGACCUCAGUCAAGCCACUUCCUCUCUCCGCCGGCCGGGCGUGGCUUCUGCUAUCGUUCCAUACCGGGUUGUAGCUCCAAAGAAAGUAGCAGGCCUCUGUUAAUACCAGUUUGGAGCAGGCUGCAUAACGCUUAUUAUUGAAGCUCAUCCGGCUUCUUAUGUUAUGACAAGAGACGAAUUUGCUGUGUUUAACUACUUCCAGAGUCGCUUCUGUGGACAGCAUCUUGCUGCAGCAGCAAAAAAACGAUACUGGGAUCAUUUGGAGCUCACCAACGGAGCUUAGUGGGGGGUUUUCCUAUCAAGGCCGGCACGAGCACUUGUCCGUUUCCAACGCCAUAUUUCUCUGGAAGGAUCGAUUUUCACGCACAAUGUUCUCAGUCAGCAGCGAACAUAUGAGCAGCGACUCUCACGCCAGUCGAUUCGACAAAGCCGAAAAUUUCGAAUCCGACGUUGAUUCGGACACACCAAAGAGUCUGGCCUUCGCGCAAGAGACGGCAACCUCUCGUACUAUUCUCUACCCUGUGCGCUCCUUCAAGACCUUUGUUCUGGCUCUAUCGGCAUCUAUCGCUGUUCUUAUCUGGCUAUUUGCCGAAUGUGUGCCAUCUAUUGAGUGGCAGACAGUGGUAUCUUCACCAACAUUUGAUCUCGUCAAAUAUGCAGUCCCUGCGCCUUCCGCAACGGCAUCGCCUUCGAGCGUCCUGGAGGUCUUCCAAGUGUACCAACCUGUCCUCACCCCAUCUGGCAUAGUCGAUGAGACUGUUCUUCAAGAUGAAUCAGAGAACGUGGCAACCAUCGCUCAAACAGCAGCGCCUAGCAGUUGCGAGAAUCUUCUGAUGGAGCAUUCUUUUGGCUUCAGUUAUGGAAUUCCAUUUGUCGGAAAUUAUACGCCUCCCAGUUGCAAGUUCAAUCGCGUUACUAUGAACUUCACGGUCACCUCCAGAGGACGUCAGUUUGACAGACUCGCCCUAAUGUACUUUGGCGACACUGAGGUGUGGCGGACUUCUACCGCAGAGCCCACAGUCAAUGGUAUCCGUUGGGAGUACAUCAAGGACAUGUCAGAGUACUUAUACUUCUGGAACUCGCCUCAGACCAUCAUAUUUGACCUCGGAAAUCUGAUAAACGAUAUCUACACGGGUCCAUUCAACACAACACUUUCUGCGACGUUCUUCAUGAGCCAAGAUACCGUUGACCCGGCUUCGUUAAUCAUCCCCAUCUCGGCGAGAAAGGGUGCGGCAAAUGCUGCAAGUGUGUUUACAUUGCCCACCGACAACGCAACCAAUACUAUCAUAUUUCCAAGAAACGCCAAUCGUGCGGUCUUCUCGGUUUCAGCUUGCGGACAAGCGACCGAGGAGUUCUGGUGGAGCAAUGCUCUGCAGUCGGAUGUCAAUACAUUUAUACCCGUUGUUGGGACGCUGUAUGGGUAUUCUCCUUUCCGUGAGGUCCAAGUUUUGAUCGACGGCCAACUUGCCGGUGUACAUUGGCCCUUCCCUGUCAUCUUUACAGGAGGCGUUGUUCCUGGCUUAUGGCGGCCCAUCGUUGGAAUUGAUGCAUUCGACCUAAGGGAACAUGAAAUCGACAUUACACCUUGGCUACCUACACUCUCGGAUGGCAGAGAACAUACUUUUGAGAUCCGGGUGGUUGGUAUUGUGGAUGAUGGAAAAAGUGGCGGCUCAUUGACCGACUCCGUCGGUAAUAGUUGGCUAGUGACCGGAAAGGUCUUUGUAUGGCUCGACAGCGACUCAAAGUCAAUAACGACCGGAAAGGCACCAACUACGCAUCUCCCGAAACCAAUAAUUAGCCUUUCACAAUCGCUAACACAGAACUCUACUGGCGCAAACGAGACUUUGGUCUACACCACGGAUGUCAAACGAACCAUCUCGGUAUCAGCUCAGGUCACCACGCAGAACAAGACAUUUCUUUCAACAUGGACGCAAUCGCUUUCUGUCACCAACUACGGUAAAUAUAUUGCAUUUGGAGCCGUGCAGCAAAACAACCAUACAACAUCGGGACUAGACAAAUCAACAGGAGGAACACUUUACAGCUCAUCAUACAAGUACCCGCUAUACGCCAACAGCAGUUACAUCGUACAGCCUGGCGGCAACUUCACCAUAGCAGCAGAGCUCAUGUUGGGCCUCGAUCUGUCUACUCACGGUAGACCCGUAUUUCCAACUGGACUUCAACCCUUUGCUCAGCUACCCCGCACUGCACCUCUCGUAUCCGGAUUCUCAGGGACUUCUCUGAGCACUAGACAGAAUGGUACGGCAUUCUAUUUCGGUGCCCCGUCUGUUGGUGUAAGCAGUGGGUUUGGAAGCACCGCCCAGGAAUUUACGUUCAGGGGGCUGGAUUUGAGUGGAGCUGUUGCGGACCGAGAGCUUUAUUAUCGGAGCGUGGAGGCUGUCAAUUCCACUGUUGUAAGGGAUUUUGAGAGUCUGAUUGGCACCGAGGUCCGAAGCUACGACGUACCUGUCCAUAAUGUUGGAAAGCCACAGCUAAUCAAGGGUACUGUGAGUCCCAAGGCAGCCAUUGGGAGGGGGGCCGGGGCGCCCAAGCAGUUACUUGUGCAAGCUGGUGCCACAUGAAGAUAGAGGUGGGGGUUGGCAAUUGCGGCGGGGCCAGUUAAUGGUGUGUUCUUUUCUUGACAUU